AUGGCUAAGGAGAUUAACUGGCUACAGAGUCAGGCAGGCCUUUGCAAAGUAGACCUAUACAGCCCCAACGGACAGAGCGAUCAAGAUCGUAAAGUAAUCUGUUUUGUUGAUGUCUCCAGCCUAAACACAAAGGACAACGAUAAACGCAGGAGACCCGUUCCACCUAACCCUUCCGUUGACUUACGUAAUCUUGAUGAAAAGGAAGUCAUUGUAAUAAAGGACAACGAACAAGAUAAUCAAACCAAUACUGAGGGAGCAGUCUGCCUUUUCAAGCAAGGUUCCUCUGAAGAAGUCAACGUUGUGAGCUGGCUCAGCAACGACCUUCAUAAAUACGCAGUUGGAUUCCAGCAUGCACUAACCCCCUCAGGCCCUCGUAAAUCAGCACACGAAUCGCCUGCACUUGACAGGAUGUCCCAAAGCAGUGACACAUCUUUCAGGGGCUCUGGUAGCCAGAGAGGAGAUGAUCUUUCCUAUUAUGUCAACAAGCUCUGUUCCUUAGUGGUUCAAAUGGCACAUAAAGAAAUGAAGGAUAAAUUUGAAAACAGUGGUAGGUGCAUUCGGCAGUCAAUUAAUCCCCGUGGAUCUAACAGCAAGAUUGGUGAUGACUAUGGCAAGCUAUCUCCCAAGUCAUCUCACGAUGACCCAAGAAAAGCUUCACUCUUUUAUGGAGAGAUGUCCAAUCAGGCUAAUCAGAAUGGCUACAGGCAGGGAUCCGACAGACAAAUGUUAGAAAGGAAACAGUCAGGACAGGAUGAUGGUUCUGUAAGCAAAGGACUGAUGGUGUAUGCAAACCAGGUCGCUUCAGAUAUGAUGUUCUCAUUCAUGAAGACAAUGAAAGUCCAGAAGGGAAAGCAUCCUCCACCAGCUUGCGUGGUAUUAAAGAAGGUACUCCUGAAACAUACCAGAGAUGUCAUCUCUGACUUAAUUGACUCCACCAUGAAAAAUCUGCACAAUGUCACAGGAGUGCUCAUGACAGACUCCGACUUUGUUAACACAGUGAAGAAGAACCUUUUCAAUGCAGGAACCCAGAAGUCAACUGAGAUUCUGGAAGCAAUGGUGAAACGCUUAUUUAAAGCACUGGCUGGUGAUGACAGAAAAUCUCAAAGCCUAGCAUUCACAGCAUUGAAAACAGGUGCUCACUCCGACUCCAGAUCUCAAGGGCUGCAGUUUGCAUCCCUUAAAAGUGAAAUGCAUGGCCAAGGAGGAUGCAGAGGAAAUGGACAAAUGAGACCCCUUCCAUCUGGAAGCAAAGGCUCAGACAAGCACUGUUCAAUGGAUGUGUAUGCUAAGGACCUUAUUGUAACAGCAUUAAUGUUAAUUCAGCAACACCUCUUAGAAAAAAACAAGGACCAAGGAGUCCGUGAGACAAACACAACGUCAUUUGGCUACGUCCAUGAUAGAGCUGGUGGUUCCAAAUAUGGUUCAAGACCAGGUGCAAGGCAAGAUGCUCACCUUGAAUCACAAAAAGGUGAUAUCUCAAGUAUUCUCUUGUCAAUCAUCCAGAAAGUGCUACGAGAAGCUGGUUUUGCAGAUGACAGUUGCAGUGACAGGGGCUACAAGCAGCCCCCCAUUGCUGAGAGCAGACCACAGAGGGCCUUAUCAAAAUCAAACGGGGGCCCUGAUAUGUAUGACAACAUGGAACAGAUAAACAAACAAUUUAUUGACCAGUUGGUGGAAUCUGUGAUGAAGUUGUGCCUGUUGAUGGCUAAUGGCAGUGACUCUGAUGGAAGAUAUAAUGGGAAACCAUUAGGGCACGGAGGCUCUGAGGUGAUUGUGAACAAUCAGAAUUGCAACAACAGUGCACAGAACAAAGAGCUGCAAGCCGUACUCCAAUGGUUAGUUGCUUCCCAAUUCAAUGUGCCAAACCUGACAUUCAUGAAUGAGCAAGAUGGGGAAUUGUCCAAGCUUCCUCAGCUGGCUGAUAAAGCAGCUAAGAAGGGCUACAGUGUUGGAGACAUUGUUCAAGAGGUAAUGAGGUACUACGAGAAACAACAGAUGGAUGCCAUGUCAGGACACAUGCCUCGGUCUGGACUGGUCGAUUGGCUGCUUGUUAACCUGUAA